UUAGUGGAGCGACAUUUCCAGUAAACGUGAGCUUCCCAUAUCAGGAAGAGAGACUCUGAGGACGCAGUGAAUUCUAGCUUCACUUUCACACACAAUGGGUCAAGAGGACUGAGCUGGAUUUUAGUUUUCGAAGGACCUAAGGCAAAUGAAUCGUUUCACCAUGGGAUUAAAAAGUCGAGUUGGCGUUCGGAACACUUUUGUCCUGCUGAUUUUAGGAAAUAUUGCGACUGUAAUAUCUCUUCAUGGCCAAAGUCUUGACUGUACCAACGACUUCGAGGAGUUUAUGUUUUGCAGCUUUGGAGGGGAAAACUGUACUGAAUACAAUAUGACUCUAAAGUGGGACAAGUGGUACGGGGAGAAGGGUUGCAUUUUCAGCCAGUGCGACGUUGGACAGUGUUGUUGCUCCGUCCAGAUGGAUUACUUUGUAAUAAACAAUAAGCAUACAGCAACAGUUUGGAAAAAUGGCGAAAGCAUAGAGACCAAAACCAUCAGCGUCACAGACAGCAUAAAGCCAAAAACCCCAACAAUAAUUUCAGUUGAUGAAUCCAACGGGAACUAUCAAGUUGUGUGGUUGACAAACACGGAGCAGGAGAGAAGUUUCACUCAGCACCUGACUGCUGAAGUGACUUACUAUGAAAAAGGAUGCACAGAUAAGGUUUCUGUAAAGGUCAACCAAACUGCUGAUGGUGGAAGGAACUACUAUGAAAUUCAAGGCCGACUCUUGAACUCAAGCACAACUUAUGUGGUCAGUGUGAAAAGCUUCAUCGAUUGGAGCGGAAAAUACAGUGACAGUAGUAAUGAGUGGGAAUUUACAACCCGUGAGUGAAUUCUUUACCUCUUCUAUUAUUAGCAUUCUACUCUGCAUAUUUGUUUGAAUCAUAGCGAGGAUGUGCCACUUAUUUCCCGAACACAUGCACAUGUUUUAUUGUCUGAUAGGCCUUGAAGUGUCUGAUGUAACUAGGACAGAGAUAAUAUAAGUUUACAACGGGUGCGUCUUGUGAUAGUAUCUGAAGGAGAUUUAGGAGUCCCCUCAGGUGGAAUGUUU